GUGAAAUGUUUGUUGACAUUUAUGUUUGUCUCUUGCGAGUAUGUUAUUUGAAAAUGGCUAUAAUGCACUGAAAAGAAAUGUCGGCACCAUAUCUUUGGCCUUACAAGUGUGCAGCUAGUGGUUGUAAAUCGAGGGGCAAAAAAAAUCGUUUGUUUCGUUUUCCUCAAGGAAAUGGCCCUGCUGGAAAAGCUAGGGUCCAAAAAUGGCUUGACUGUGCACAGAAUCCUAAGGUAAACACCACGCAUGCAUACAUGUGUGAGUUACAUUUUAAUGAGCGCCAAUUUCGAGACAAUGACAGAACUAUGCUCAUUUAUAGAGCUGUGCCAACAAUUAGAUUGGAAAAUGGUGUGUACGUGGACACGGAACCUCCUGUGAAUUACUGUUUGCAGCUUCCUGAAGAUGCAUCUGUACAGCACUCUAAAGACACAUCUGUAGAGCAUCCUGAAGAUUCUCCCACACAGUGUCCGGAAGAUUCCUUUGUUAACUAUUCUGAAAAUGGUUCGUUGGUGUACUUAGAACAUACUUCUUCACAGCAUCCUGGAGAUGAUUGUGUAGAGUACACUGAAGAUGAUUAUCUGCAGUACUCUGAAGAUCCCGAAGAUAACUCUGAUCAGGUUCCUAUCGUCACAUCAGUUUACCGUACCGAAGAUGCUUCUGCUGAGGAGACGUCACCGGGAGCGGACGGGUUCGAUCACAUCUACGCAAAACACUCCGAACUUCCAGAGAGUCAACUUUUCUACGCACAAGACAUGGCUCAGACAGGCAAUAAACAAUAUAAUAGUUCCAAAAAAAUUAAGAAAGCCUCGUUUACAGUGUACGUGAUCACACCAAAAUCCGAAGGGUCACCGGAAGUGAUUUCGAUUCCCCGGAAGGAAAAACGAAAAUCGUCUGACAGGAGCACCAACUGGGACAAGGUUCAGGCCAGCGAAUUAGGUUUUGAAGAAGCUUUCGUGACGGAUGUGGAUCAGGAGACGAGCUCCAUGGUUCUGCACAGCAGCGCUUCCUGCAGACAAGUGACGGCCAGAGAGAAGAAGCUGAUCAUGCUGGUUUCCCACAGAGUGCGUUCCCUGAAGCAGGUCAGGAGGAAGUACGAGGGGCAGAGCCCGCCCCUGAGGAGCGUGUGCAGCGUGGACAGCCAGCCGGUGAGGGAGCUGGACGAGCUGUCUCAGUCCAUGUCACUGGCCGCCACCAACUUCCUGGCAUCGCGAGUGUUCGGCAGGAGGAGACAGCGCAAGGGCCGGAAGUGGUCUCUGGAGGACAAGGUGCAUGCUCUGGCCUUGUACAAGAGGCUGCCCAAGUGCUACACUCUCCUGAGCACAGUCUUCGAGCUGCCCUCGAAGAAGAGCCUGAGCAACACUCUCGCCAGAAUCUCCUGGCGACCGGGCUACAACAAAAACAUUUUCGAAUCCCUGGUGAAAACGGUGUCCGGCAUGGACGCGAUCGAUCGCACGUGCCUUCUGCUGUUCGACGAAAUGCCUCUCAAGGAACGACUGCAGUACGACAGUAGAACGGACUCUAUCGUGGGUUUCGAAGACUGGGGGCACUUGGGUAAGCGUGAUAAGUUUGGAAGCCACGCCCUGGUGUUCCUGUUGAAAGGACUGCGAAGGAAGUGGGUGCAGCCGGUGGCAUUUUACGUCACGGCCGGGAGUUUGUCCGUGGAACUGCUGCGCUCGGUUCUUCAGUCGUGUUGGAGGGCGGGCCUGAACGUCGUCGCGACGGUGUGCAACAUGAAGGCCAGCAACAGUCGCAUGCUGAGACGCUUGGGUGCGACGGAGGACAAUCCGUCGUUGCACAUCGGCUGCAACUCUGUGGUCACGCUGUACAACCCCCCACAGCUCCUCAAGGCCACCAGGAACAUGCUGUUCAAGCACAAUGUUCUCGUGAAGCACAACGUGGCCGGCAGAACCAAGGAAUCGACAGCGUCGUGGUCUGUGUUCGGUAAAGCCCGCGACAUCGAUCGUCGGCGGGAACCUUUCAGGAUCCUGAGCAAACUGACGGACGACCACCUGGAGCCCCGAGGAGAGGCUGUGGAGAACGUGGCGAUGGCAGCCCAGGUUCUGAGCAGCACUGUGGCCACCACGAUCCGUCGCUUCGUGUCCGCCGGCCUGCUGGAGCCGAGCGCCCUGGCGACGGCCCACUUCGCCGGCCUGUGCGACGCGCUGUUGGACAGCCUGAACGGCACGGCGGCGCGGCCGCAGGGGGCGGGCGGGCGGCGCUGCCAGCUGCGGGCGGAGAGGGAGGCCCUGCACCUCAGCUUCUGGGAGCAGUGCGAGGGCGAGCUGAGGCAGUGGCGGGCGGGCAGCUUCCGGCCGGAGUGCCUGAGCGGCUGGGUGUCCACGCUGCGCGGCAUGGCGCUGCUGUGGGCCCGGCUCAAGCAGCUGGGCUUCACGCGCGUCCAGCCCCGGGCCCUGAACCUUGACCUGCUCCACCACCUCUUCGCCUCCGUCCGGGCCAGCAGCGGCCGUACGGCCGACCCCACCGCGGCGCAGUUCGCCUCCGCCCUGAAGACCCUCGUGCUGAGCGGCCUGCCCUGCGUCCAGGAGUCGGACUGCGAGGAAGGGUGCGACGCGUUCCAGCUGCUGAGCGAUCCGUGUGAGUGGGUCGCUCGUUCGCCCCGCAAGAUGUGUGCUCACGGGACGUUCGGCUGUCCGAACGAUGAGUUUUCCCUCGCGUACGUCGUGGACGGCAUCGUGAAGGAACUGGACGGGAGCUGCGAGUGUGACGACUGCAGAGGUGCUCUGUUUGCCGCGACCCUCGAGGAACACGCUCGUUGCGCGGCCAUGUUCUGGGCGACGUCCGACAGACGCCCGUCCAGGAGCCUGCUGAGGUGUGUCGCGCGGGCGUCGUGCCUGCUGGAGAGGGUGCUCCCCAACGUGGCGCACGCUGACGCCGUCUUGUCGCGCCUGGUGACUGCCAUGAAGGAGCGCGUGAGCUUCGCCUGGCUGAGCGAGGCGUGCUCGCUGCAUGCGGAGCACGUUCGCAACCUGAUCCUGGUGACGCUGUGCCGUGCCUUGAUACCGCGGUGGUGCAGGAACAGAUGCCACCGGCUGUCGGACUGCACGGAGAUACAGCUGCAGGUUUCCAGGGCAGCAUUGCCGGAGCAGAGGUGACUGACGAGUGCUCUAUCAGUUGCACGUGAAUGCCACGCGGCUCUAUUUCCUGAAAGAUUACAGAUUUGUUGGACAUUAAAGCAAUGUCUCAUUAUAGUGUUUUAAAAUGACAUUUCUUGUGUCUUUAGAUAUACAAAAUAACACUAAUAACUAUUGGUGGCAACAGAUGUGUGGUAUGCUACAUUUCCUUGUGUUUGUAUCUUUGUAUGCUACCAUAAAUUUUUUUAUUGGUAACGGUUGCUAUAUGUCGCCAUUUCCUAAUGCGACCUUUAUGAAAUGAUGUGCGAGCGAUAUAACAACAAUUGGCACGAGGUCACCCGUGCUAGGUACGUAAUAGCAGCAUAAAAAAUCUUGAAUCAAGUUCAUUCGGAACCAUGACCAUGGCAGAUUAUCAAGUGUCAGUAUAGUUUUAACAGUAAUACCACGUGUGAAAUGUAACCUGUUAGGAAACACUGCUGAAAUGAAAACAGACAGCAACGAUAAACUCAGAACACUACAGAAAUCUACCGAAAAAAAUCUGAAUGCCAGCGGUUCAAUUGGUGCUAGGUUAUACAAGGUGCCAAACCAUAGACUGCAGAAAUUAAGAUAUUUCACUGUUCUGGUGUGUUUAUAUUUGUAUAGGCCACAGCUCUGGAAAUUGCUUACCUCAAUUUACAACUGUGGCAGAACUCAAACCACAUAUACAUAAAACAGCUUGGAAAAACUGGCUAUCUAGCUAUAUAUAAUAAUAAAAUAAAAGACGAAGCUAUCUGGUUCAGUGAGUUUUUAGAUGUGAAGUAAUUCUGCACCGCAUGAAUAGUUGGCUGUUGAACUCAGCGUCUUGAGAGGGCUAUCAACACAUUCUUUCAUUUUCAAAAUAAUUCUAACCUAAAUUUCAAAUUGUUACUAGUAAUAUUUAUUAUCCUUUUGUACAUAAUGCAAUGGUGCAUUUGAGUCACUUCUGAGCUUAAAGUAAAUUUAUUUUCCACAGACUCAAAGCCUAUAAAAAAAUUUAAUUUGGCAAAUUUUAAUAUGAAAUUAUUUUUUAUAAUCCCAUCUCCCUUUUGUGAGUUUAAAUUUUUAUGGCUCUAAACCUCAAUAUUCAAGCCUGAAACACUGCUUUCAAUAUUCAUCAAUACUUACUUAUGUAAUAUAAACUAUAUAAUUAAAGUAUAUAAAUUUUAAACAGUAAUAACUUAAACCAUUCAUAAAAUGUAAUGUCAUAAGUUAAUAUUUUUGUUUUAAAAAAAGUUACUCCUCAACUCCAAUGCUGUGGAAGGCAAUGAAAGGACGAAUUUGAUGGCAAAACUUGACCGUGGAGUCUUCUGGAAGAAAGAGUGUGUGUAUAGUUGUAUACAUACCAGGUUUUAUCGCAUAAUCGUCGCACAUUUUAUACUAAAAUCAAGUUUGAAAAGUAGGGGUGUGAUGUUUAUGCGAGAAAAAAAAAAUUGCCAGGUAAAGUUAUUCAUAAAAACUAUUCAUGGAAAGUAAGUUUAUUUAAAAAGUGAAGUAUAAAAGAGCACGCCAAACAAUUUAAAUUAAUAACCUUUCUUCAACUUUAAAUAGAAAAACAAAAUCUGUGAUCUGAAUGCGAGCCUGAACUAACGCAUAACUACCGUCAUAGUACACACCACGAAAGAAUGCGGGCCAUCAAAUGUAGUUAACUCGGCACUUGACAGAGCGCGCGUUGCAUGCAAUCGGCGAGAUAUCGAUAUUCGACUACGUGCGCGCGCUCUAUACGGGAAGCAACAUAACCAAACAUGAAAUAUGCCAACAUGUUCAUAAGCGGUACACCGCGGCGACGCAGACGAACAGAUAAACGUUAUAACGUUUAAAAACAUCUUUAAAAGAAAAUUUACACAUCAGACAACUUUGUAUUACAGUUAAUUAAAUAAGUAAGUGGUAAUGUCCGAAUAAAUAUUAGACUUCUACUUUAAAAUACAUCGUUUUUACGGAAAAAAUACCUACACAAAGAGCUCAGAAUCUAAUAGCGGGAUCAUGAACAUCAUGCAAUGAUUACGCGAGAGGUUUUUUCAAUCCAAAUUUUGACGCCCUAAAAUAUGGAUGCGAUGAGUAUGCGAUAAAAGAGGGUACAUGUGAAUAUAAGAAGACCUGACCUAGCCAGAAGAACAAUUCUCAUACUGACUCCUACCACUAUACAACGUGAUCCCGUUCUAGUUCAUUAACAGAUCACUACUCAGUGGGCACAACCAAUUAGAAUGUUCUAUGGUCGGGUACAAGAUUAUAUGGAGAAUUGCGUGCGGAAAAAAAAAAAAAAAAAAGUUUGAAAUUCAAUGAAUGUCAUUAUUUCCCUACAAAGUUUGUACCAAAGUGCCUAAAUUAGAAAUAAAUUAUUUACAUGCUGGUG